AUGGAAAAAUUGAAAGUAACACAAGAUUAUAGUGUGGUUGAAAAACAGAAAUUAAUUUACCAAUGGAAAAUAGUGGAUUUUAUUCCAUUGAUUCGCCUGUACAGCUAUUCUAAAGAGUCUAAUACUCUUCAAUCGAAUUUUCGAGAUCAUGUUGAAGAUUCUCAUGACCAUAGAAUUCGCUAUUUGAAAUUGAAUUUUAAUAGUAGAGAAUCGGCGAAUAAAGAAUGGAUAUCAAUAUCUUUGAGUCCAAAUAUCAAAUAUUAUGUAGAUACUAAAUAUUCAGUUUAUAUUUUGGAUAAUCUACAUAAAAAACAGUUUAUUCAAAUAUUUGACAAAGUUCUUGUGAAAAAACCUGAAGAGUUUUGCAUUCCAAAAUUCGUUGAAAUAUCUAAAUUAUUAGAAAUGAAAGAUAAAUUUAUACCUAACAAUCAUUUAACAAUUGGUGUUAAAGUUACUGGAUUCAUCCGCACUAAUUCAAAACGAAUUGAAAAUCAAUUAAAAACUUCAAGGAAUCAAUUAGUACGUGAAUUAAAAGAUAUUUUUGAGAGUAAGGCCGGUAGCGAUGUAGUUCUUCUCGUUGGUGACAAAAAAAUUAAAAUUCUUGCGCACAAGCUAAUUUUGACAAGUCGCAGUCAAGUGUUUGCAGCCGAAUUCUCACAUCAACUAAAAAUAAAAGGAGGAAAUGAAAUAACUAUUCCUGAUAUGGAUCCAGAAGUUUGUGAAAAGUUGUUGGAAUAUAUUUAUACUGAAAAUAUAACUGGUAUUGAUGAAUUUGCUGAGCGUUUAUAUGAAGAAGCCGUUAAGCAUCAACUUCUAGCUCUAAAAGAACUUUGUGAAGAUUCAUUGUGUAGAGGCGUGACAGUUGAAAAUGCUGUUAAAUAUCUUGUUCUGCUGGACCGCCAUCACGCUGAUAAGAAAUUUUUCGACAAUGUUCUAAGAUUCAUCGCCCUUAAUUCCAAAACAGUUAUUAAAACUCCCGAAUUUAAAGAAUUAGAAAAAAUAAAUCCAGGGUUGUUAACAACUAUAGUAACAAUGAUCGCCAGUGUCAAGUGA